AUUGUGCGUUAGAAUUUUUGGCAAACAGAACGAAUGUUUUUAUAGAUGUUAUUAAGCUUAAACGUGUGUAAAGUUCAAAGUUCGCCUCAGAUAUACCAAUUUGAUAUUUCAAAAUGCAUACUUUUCGCCGAUUUUCAUCACAACUUUGUGUUAGAUAUCCUAGAAGACUUGUCAAGAGUCCCCUAGGUGUUAACAGAUGUAUGUCAAGUACGGAAAAACCGUCUGAUUUGCUUAUCCAUUCCUCAAAAAUACCCAAAGGUAUUUUAGGGCAGCCUACAUGCCACACUCAUCCCCACCUGAUACCUAAUGGUCAGUUAACUUGCGGCAUCACUCAGCAAGAGUACAAAGAGAGGAGGGACAGUCUGUUGUCAAAGUUAUUGGAGGAAUCAGAACAUAUACACAAAUCUCAUAUUCUAGUUAUACCUGCAGCUUGUAAACAGUUUAUGUCAGAUAAGAUACCAUAUGUGUUCAGACAAAAUUCUGACUUCUUCUACCUAACAGGAUGUCUAGAGCCCUCAGCCAUUUUAGUAAUGGUUAAACUAGCUUUGGAUGCUAGUUAUAAGACUAUACUUUUUGUGCAUGAGAAGGACAGUCAUGCAGAGUUGUGGGAAGGGCCUCGCACUGGAUGCUCACUUGCUGCCUCUCUGUUCGGUGCAGACGAGGCACGUCCAGUUGAAAAUUUCAAUAAUUAUAUUCAUAGAAUAGUUUCCUCAACGAAACCCAGUGUGGUGUGGUACCAAAACGAAAGUCCAGCCAACCCUGAAAUCCACGAGAGCGUCCGUUCCGCACUCCGCACAGGCCACGUGUCACUGGAGGAACCUCAGAAGUACUUGCACCAGAUGCGAGUGGUCAAGUCACCAGCGGAAGUAGAGCUCAUGAAGGAGGCAUGUUACAUCGGCUCGCAGUCCGUCAACCUGGCCAUGGCGUGCACCAAACCUGGUAUAUCUGAGCACGCGGUGUCGGCUAUUCUGGAGUACUCGAGCCGAAUGUCGGGUGCGGAGCACGCCGCGUUCCCGCCGGUGGUCGCGGGCGGGGCACGCGCCACGCACAUCCACUAUGUAGCCAACAACCAGAUACUUAACCCAGAGGACAUGCUGCUUGUGGAUUCCGGUAGUCAAAGAUGGCUCUACAAUUCCGACAUAUCCCGCACUUGGCCCGUUUCGGGCAAGUUCUCGAAACACCAUCGGAUAUUAUACGAGCUAGUUCUAGCUGUACAGAAACGUCUCAUAGAACUACUGAGCGAGCAUCGUCCGCCGCUCGACCACCUAUUUGACCACAUGUGUCGCCUGCUCGGCAUGCACCUCCAGCAGGAGGGAAUCCUGCCGCGGAACAUCGACAACAAUGAACUUAUUGGGAAAGCGUACCGCCUGUGUCCGCACCACGUGUCGCACUACCUCGGUCUGGACGUACACGACGCACCGCUCGUGCGGCGCCGCGUGCCCGUACGCACUGGGAUGAUCGUCACCGUAGAACCAGGUAUCUACAUCCGCCCAGACGACGAAUCCGUACCGCCAGAGUUCCGAGGGGUCGGCAUCCGGAUAGAAGAUGAUGUGCUGAUCACCGAUGGAGAACCGCUCAUACUCACAGACGCUUGCGUGAGAGAAGUCGACGACAUCGAGGCUAUUGUGGGCAAACAGAGCAUUUGAGGAACACUUGUUUUAAGAACGGACCAGCAAAUGUCCAGUGGCGUGCACUUCAUAUAUGCACA